AUGGAAGCCGUUAUUGAAAAUUUACAGUCAAUUGCAAGGAAGCCUCCCCAAGCAGUUCUUGUUACUACUGAGUCUCCAUCUGGGAGUGAUAAAGAUGAUUCAAAUGCCUCCCUCUUGCCAAGAAAACUAAGACCUAAUGACGAAACUUUUGCCUUGGGAAGAUCUUCUGCCCCACCACCUACAGAGCACGAUGCUGCAUCUGUCAAGUUAGCCAAGUUACUUGCCUUUCAAGAUUCUAUUCCUCAAUCAAAAGGAAAAGGAAUAUAUAUUUUCUCAGGGCAUGGAGUGAGAGUUUUAGAGCUUGAGAAAGAAAAUUAUCAAAAGAAUAAGCAGAUCUCAUACCUUCAGGCCAAUCUUGGUGGGUUGACAACUCUUGACUAUGAUCUUAAAUACAAAUUGAUUGGAAAAUUUGGAAAUGCGUUCAAGACUGCAAGUUUUGAUGGUGGUAAAGUUCCGGAGUCUUUUGAAAGAGUCACAGCCCCAAAUGCUAACAUUGAUCAAAUUUUGUCCUAUGGCUCUAUCACUACUGAAGAAAGAAAGGAAAAUAAGAAAAGGGUUGAUAAGUUUAAGAAAGAUAAAAUGCUUCUGAUGAAAUCUUUUGAUCCGAAUGCACAUGGUUAUCACCCACAGAUGUUUAUUAAAGAAGUUGGAAAAAUAAAAUUCGUUGAUAGAUACGACGAUUGUUCUAGAAUUCGCAUGUGGGGAUUUGAAGUGGAAAAGAAGAUGUGGGUUGUGAUACGAAAGAGCAGAAACAUUGAGUAUUGUGAGAAGAAGAUUGAGUUUGUGUCUUGGACGAAAGUUGAUCUUGCAGAGCUGGUCCACACACCAUUCCACAAUUCAACAAAUGAUCCCAAUGCAUGGGCGUUUAAAAAAUUCCUUGAAGACAAAGCAAAGAUGAACUUUGAAGGCAUGACAACAACAUCAUCAUUCAUUAAAAAGGCCAAUGAUGUCAUAGAUCCCCAUACCAACAAGAAUGUGGGAUUUAGUGAAAAUGGCGAGCAUGAUAUUCAUACCUUGUCUAAACAUCAACUAAUGGUGGAGAAUGAAAUGUUUGAAGCUACUACAAAGGAUUUUACCAGCAUGAUUGCAACAAUCAUUGAUAAGAAGUUGUGGGCAGGAGCAUUGGCUGAUUCUGACAUGCAUAUCGUGGAGAAGCCUUGA